ACAAAACAAAACAAAACAAAACAAAACAAACAAACGAAACAAUCGUCCUUUUUCAUUAUUUACACAAUUCCAGCACCUAAUUUUUGUUCUUCCUCCCAGCAAUCAUGAUGCAAUACUAUCGACAAAUUAUUCUGUUCCUCCUCCUGGUAGUCUUCCAAUCGACACAAGCGUUCCAUGAAGAGCCUUCCGAAUCCGUCCGACGGCACCUGGCAACGAUCAGCGAAGAGGACGUGAUUGUCAUGCAGGCCGAAAUGGCAUGGGGAGCCCAAGAAAUGAAACGCUACAAGACCCUUCGUGGCGACUGGCCGGUACGAUCUUCCUUGGCCGGUCCAGGCGACAGUAACAACAAAGCCCAACAACAACCUCUUGACAACGGAGACUCCACGCUCUUUCGUGGUGGCAGUAGUCAACAACAAGAAUCCGGAGAACCACACCAUGACUAUUGGAAUUAUUUGGUUUCCAUGUUCUAAAACAACGACGCAACGCAGACAUGGGAAAUCAUUUUACGUGUGGGAACGGGAACGGGAACCCCGCCAAGCAAAGGGUAGACAAGCACACAGCUUGGAGGUUUCUGCAACAUUUGCAGAAACCUAUCGAGGGACAACGAAUAUCCCAAACAAUGGUACCAAGCUGCCUUUUGGAUUUUCUGCCUCAUGCAGCCAAGCUGUAAAAGCAAGUGGAUUCGAUUCUGAUUCGAGCUUUCCGCCGCUUCAUCCGAUGGUGCGGUUACGUACCUCGGAAUUCAAUCUGGUACCGCCCAGAUAGCUAAUAACAAUCUCUACUAGAUCUAUUUGAAAGCAAUU